CCGCGCUACGGAAUACUUAAGUCAAAAAACGGCGGUAAACUUUGACCUCUGUUAAUAACUUGCAUUAUCAAGCAGAAACAAUUCCGUUAAUGAUAGUCACUUAAUGCGCCAAACCAGUGAGUUGCCUUAAAUUAUGUGUUUACUGCGGUAAACAAAACACAAUUCCGAUCGAACGCUCGUUCCCGGCUAGUUGUUGCAAUAUUUUUAUCGUACUCAGCGAGAUAAGCGCGUUUAGUUUAUAUAAUUUGACGAGACGUAAACGUACCGGAGAAGUGUUGCAAUUGCUUUUUCUAUUUCGUGAAAAUGAAGGAGCCGAAAGCGGUCGUCCAACUCGCUAGAAAAAGCUUCAGCAGCGGCUGCACCAAACCUUACGAAUUUAGGAUCAAACAGUUGAAAGCGUUAUUAAAGUUCGUCAACGAACACGAAAAGGCUAUAGUAGACAUAUUAGUGAAAGAAAAUAACAAACCAAGCUUCGAGGCGUACGCUUUCGAAAUAAAUCAAGUCACAAAUGACAUCAAGGAGGCCGUGUACAACCUCAAGGAGUGGAUGGAACCCGUCAAAGUGCAAAAAUCGAUUGCUUACGUAAUGGAUCAGGCGAUGAUACGUCACGAACCAUAUGGGGUGGUUUUGGUAUUGGGGGCGUGGAAUUAUCCGUUCAUGUUAACGCUCUCUCCGGUCAUAGGUGCCAUAGCCGCGGGAAAUUGCGUCAUAAUCAAACCGUCGGACCUCACGCCUUUGAUUGGCAAAUUUAUGGAAGAAGUCUUGCCUAAAUAUGUAGACUCUAGCUGUUAUCAGGUGUACAACGGGGGAAUACCAGAAACGACAGCUUUACUAGAGGAAAGAUUCGACUAUAUCUUCUAUACCGGCGGCACUCAAGUUGGCAAAAUUAUAUACCGAGCGGCUUCGAAAUAUUUAACUCCGGUCACUUUGGAACUGGGCGGAAAAAGUCCGGUAUUUUUGGACGACUCCGCAGACGUAGAGGUGGCCGCCAGCAGGAUAAUGUGGGGCAAAUGCUUAAAUACUGGACAAAGUUGCAUCGGCCCUGACUAUGUAUUAUGCAACGAGUAUAUUAGGGACAAAUUUGUUCAAGCUGCGAAAAAAGUUGUACGAAAGUGGUACGGUGAAAAUAUUAAGCAAAAUCCCGACUACGGGAGAGUGAUUAAUGAGAGACACUAUGGCAGAAUUAAGAAAUUGCUCGAAGGGCAGCGCAUUGCCAUGGGAGGUGAGUUUGACGAUUCAAAUCUUUAUAUAGAACCAACCAUCGUAAUAGACGUCAAAGCGAAUGAUCCAAUUAUGCAGGAGGAAAUUUUCGGACCCAUUUUGCCAAUUGUCACGGUCGCGACCCCAGAGGAGGCAAUAGAAUUUAUUAAUGGAAGGGAGAAGCCUCUAGCUCUUUACGUUUUCAGCACGAGCAAAAUGGAACAGGAAAAAUUUCUCAAGAACACUUCAAGUGGCGGGAUAGUAAUCAAUGACGUGCUGAUGCACUUUUCCUGUAGUUCGCUUCCUUUCGGCGGAGUCGGCGACAGCGGGAUGGGAUUCUAUCACGGAAAAUUUAGUUUCGAAACUUUCUCUCACAAACGAGCCGCCCUAAUAAAAAAACUAGACAGGAUUGGGGAAUUUGCUCAGAGCGUGAGGUACCCGCCAUAUACGGAAAACAACUUGAGGAUUCUGUCGUUGGUUACCAAAGUGUUUCCACCGUUGCCGGGUGCUAGAUACUUUAACCGUCUGCUUUUUGCAGCGUUAGCCAUUCUAUUCGGAUUUUUAGGUUUUUCAUACAAAAAGUAAAUGUUACUAAAUAAUCCUAUAUGAGAAAUUUAUUUCAAUAAAUGAUACGAAAUUUUGG